AUGGUGCUGUUGUUAUUCCAGUAUCGUCUUCUUAUCUACUCCCUCAUGCUUUCCCUUGCAUCAUCAUCAUCACCCUCCUUAUCUCCACCUGCAAUUUACCUUCUUCAGUUUCUUAACAGCCUCCCAAAACACUCAGCUUCUGUUACCAUGGAAUCAAUCAGUUUCUCAUUGCCAAUUGGCUUUGGGUUAUCUGGUAUGUUAAACAACUCUGUCCCUUUUCUUUGCCUCCACAAGCGUAUGGUCUCUCUUGAUCUCAGUGGCAACAGUUUCAGUGGUAAUAUACCUCAAAUUCUGGGAAACUGCAGCAAACUAAACACCAUUCUUCUCAAUGAUAAUGUCUUUGAAGGGUCAAUCCCUGGUCAUGUUUUCAUCUCGAAGUGGCUUACAAGGAUUGACUUGGGUUAUAACUCACUGUCUGGUGAAAUUCCUCCAGAGGUAAGUCUUUGCACCAGUCUGGAAUUUAUUGGACUGUACAACAAUUUUCUAAGUGGAGUGGUUCCAGAUGAAAUGUUUUCUCUACCGAAUUUGAAGUUCCUUUAUUUACACACAAAAAACCUCACUGGUUCACUGCCUGAUUUACCACCUUCAUGUAUGAUUCUGGAUUUCUGGAUCCAUGAGAAUGGAUUUUCUGGUUCUUUGCCUCGUACCUUGAGGAACUGCUAUAACCUUACAACGUUCAUAGCAUCCUACAACAGAUUCCAAGGGGUAAUUCCAGCAGAGAGUUUUAAGAGCCUUCUGCAACUUGAGAUUCUUUAUCUUGAUGAAAACAAUCUGGAGGGGGAAAUUCCAGACACUUUGUGGAGUCUGCAGAACUUGAAAGAGCUUGUUCUGUCAGGGAACAAGCUGAAUGGAACUAUUGCUGAGAGGAUUGCUCAAUGCAAUCAGCUUGUGGUGAUUGCACUUUCAGGUAAUAGUCUGGUUGGUCACAUUCCUCAGUCAAUAGGAAACCUUACAGGUUUAGCUAAUCUCUUUAUUUUUAACAAGAAGCUUAAUGGCUCAUUACCUCCUGAGCUUGGAAACUGCACUUCACUUGUUGAACUUAGGCUUCAGCAUAAUUUCAUUGGAGGAACCAUCCCUCCAGAAAUUUGCAAUCUCAAGAAUCUGGAGGUUCUUUUUCUAUUCAACAAUCAUUUUGAAGGACAAAUUUCACAUGACAUUGGUAGGCUGAGCAACCUGGUGCAGCUGGCUCUGUAUGAUAACAGUUUAAGUGGUACAAUUCCUCCUGAAAUUGGCCAUUUGAAGAAAUUGAGAUUCUUAUCCCUGGCUCAGAAUGAUCUUGCUGGGGAAGUCCAAUUUGAUCUCAGCAGAAAUGUUCCUGCUUUGGUCAGAUUAGAUUUAUCAGGGAACUCAACUAAUGGAUCGAUUCCUGGGAGCUUCCCUGCUAAUAUUGGGAAAUGCUUGUCCCUCAGAAGGGUGAUCCUUAGUAACAAUCUUCUCCAAGGGCCUAUACCAUCAGAUUUGGACGAGAACCCUGGGAUUUUCUUCCUGGAAGUCCAAGGAAACUUGCUCGAAGGAAAGAUUCCCCCAGUGUUCGGUCACUGGACCAAUCUUUCAAUGUUGGAUUUGUCAAGGAAUAGGCUCUCAGGCUCGAUACCUCCGGAGCUUGGGAGGCUUGAGAAUCUGCAAAUUUUAAGUCUUUUUUCUAAUGCACUUACAGGAAGCAAUCCAUCGGAGUUAGGCCAUUGCGAGAAGAUCAUCAAACUGGACAUAAGCUUCAAUCAUCUAUCAGGAAGUAUUCCGUCAGAAAUAAUAUCAUUGCCCAAUCUGCAAAACCUUCUACUCCAAGAAAACAAACUCGGUGGAUAUAUUCCUGAUUCCUUUUCAUCCCUCCAAAGCCUAAUCGAAUUGCAGCUCGGAGCUAACAUGCUUGAAGGAAGCAUUCCAUGUAGUCUGAGUAACCUUCACCAUUUCAGUUCAAUUCUCAAUUUAAGCAACAACGAGCUCUCCAGUCAAGUCCCUGCAUGCCUUGGCAAACUAGACAAGCUACAAAUUAUUGACCUCUCAAGCAACAGUUUCUCUGGUGAGAUACCGGCAGAUAUGAACAACAUGAUCUCCCUCUAUUUUGUGAACAUAUCAUUUAAUCGCCUAAAAGGAAAAUUGUGA